AUGACCUACUACUCCCAACAAGGAGCCUUUGUCGGCUCGCAAUGGCCCCAGAACAACCAGCCAUCCGCCUUUCAGCAGUUCCUCUACGCCUUCCCACGGCCCAGGCUGGGCGGCCGCAUCAGCAAGCCUCGCAGUGCAGGGAAUAGCCCGUCGGCGGGCAGGAGGAGGACAGCAACGAUGCACAGCACGCCCACGUACCGGCAGCCCCCCGCCCAGGACCAGCAAGCCCACUUGAACGCAGCGCUCCUGGCGGCAAUGAACCGAAGACGAGCCCGGCCCAUGAGCUGGCACCCCGCGUUGAGCCAGGAAUACGCAUCGCCUUCGCAAUACUGUCCGCCGAACAUGGAUCUGUACAACUUUCCGGACACGCAGCCUCAGCCUCAACAUUCGCAGACAAUGAUGGGCGGGUUUGACGAUACAAUGUUGCAUCAAUUCGCGGGUGCUGAUAUGUCUAACAUCGCCUUUCAGCCCUCGCAAGAGUUGUUCUCGCAACACAACCCUCAAGCCGACAGCGCGUUUUGGGAUCAGACUGGGAUGGGUGUGCCAUCCUUUCCGCCAUCAAACGACUGGCCCUUGGAUAUGACAUCGAUCAACCAGAGCGUUCCGUCAGUAGGGGCGCCUCCGUCCAACUAUGACAGCGUGUCAUCCCCGGGACCAGCGACGCCUGACUUCCUUCCAAUUCAACAAUUCGGUGACGAUGCAGAGUCGGUGGCUAUGGAGAAGCCCGAGCCGGAGGACGAACUGGUUGGAAUGGGCCUCUACAACAACCCCGACGCUACCGACGGAUUGGUGUAUGGAAUGAAUGGCAAGGGACUGAAACUGGAAGAAACCUUCACGCCGUCCGCGCAGAAUGACGAGGACGACGACGAGGAGGAAGAUCAGCAAGAGCCGGAGCAAGACUCCAACGAUCAGCAGCUGCCCCCGCAGCCAACCAAGCCAGCCGAGAGCAUGCUGAACAAGUCCUUUUUCUUUGAAAACGACGACGAUAUUGAACAGCCGACCACGGCGCGCCACUCCUUUAACUUCCCCACCAACAACUUUCCUACGUCAUGCAUGAAUUACGGAUACGGAUGGAUAUGA